UUAAAUUUAAGUAGAAACAAUCUUGACAGAAGUAUUCCCGUUGAGAUCGGCAAGCUUCAAUCUCUUCAAGUUCUUGAUCUGAGUCAAAAUUUGCUUACGGGAGGAAUACCUAGACAACUUGGGCUCUUGCAAAGAUUGGAAGCACUCAAUCUCUCCCACAAUCAGCUCUCGGGUUUAAUUGCGUCGACCUUUGAGGAUAUGGCAAGCUUGACUUCCAUCGACAUAUCGUAUAAUGAGUUGGAAGGUCCUUUGCCAAACAUUCCAGCCUUUCGCAAUGCUACAAUUGAAGUUGUGAGAGGGAAUAAAGGCUUGUGUGGAUUUAUUGCCGGUCUCAAUCCCUGUACAGCAACAAUAUCCACACGCAAAAACAAAAUUAAAAAGUUGCUGCUAAUUUUGAUUCCUACUUUAGGAUGCCUACUUACUUUGUUUCUUGUUGUGAGAGCUUCAAGUACUUUAUGCCGAAGAGUAAGGAAAACAGAGGCUAGUCUGGUUGAUGGAAGCAAUGAAAACCCGUGGGCAAUAUGGAGCUUUGAUGGAAGAAUGGUUUAUGAGAACAUUAUUGAAGCCACAGAGGAGUUUGAUGCCAAAUAUUGCAUUGGUGUCGGAGGACAAGGGUGUGUUUACAAGGCCCAGUUACAAACAGGUGAGACUAUUGCUGUAAAGAAACUUAAGGAAGCACUAGACGUUGAAAUGGUGGGUCGAAAAGCAUUCGAAAGGGAGAUUCAUGCAUUGACUGGGGCUCGGCAUCGCAAUAUUGUUAAGCUAUAUGGCUUUUGCUCCUGUUCUCGACAUUCAUUUUUGGUGUAUGAGUUCUUGGAAUCUGGUAGCUUGAAGGAUGUAUUGAGCAACGAAGAGAGGAUAACAAGAUUUGAUUGGAAUAAGAGAGUGAAAGUUGUUAAAGGUGUGGCUCAUGCUUUGUCCUACAUGCACCAUGAAUGCUCACCUCCUAUAAUUCAUCGAGACAUAUCGAGCAAGAACAUUUUACUAGAUGAAGAAUAUGAAGCUCAUGUUUCUGAUUUUGGCAUGGCUAAAGUUCUAAAUCCUUAUGCCUCUAAUUGGACUUCCUUUGGAGGCACCUUUGGAUAUGCAGCUCCAGAACUUGCAUACACAAUGAAACCGAACGAGAAAUGCGAUGUCUAUAGCUUCGGAGUGGUGACAUUGGAAGUAAUUAUGGGAAGACACCCGGGCGAUCUCAUAUCAUCUCUUGCGUCCUCAUCAUCAUCAUCGUCAAGCAAUUCAAUGGCUUCUUGUCCGCUGAAAGAUAUUUUAGAUCAAAGAAUUCCAAACCCGGAAGGUAAUGUGCUAGGGGAAGUGGCUUUCGUGACAAAGAUGGCUUUUUCCUGCUUGAGUCCCAAACCGGAGCAUCGUCCAAGCAUGCAACUACUUUCUCGAGCGAUAUCGACGCAGAGCUCAAUCAUGUUAAGCGCACCAGAGGGCAUCAAAUUGGAAGAAUUAGUUGAUCCUAAUUGCUUCAAUUAUUGAGAUAUUUGGGUAUUUCUGUUGUAGCCCGGGUGGCAAGCUGUCUCCCAUACUUUGUUUAGCUUUGUCAAUUUCAUUAUCUAUACUUGCAAUGGUUCAUUAAUCGCUCAAAAACGCUUGGGAAUUUCAGCCAUUUGCAAUUUCAAUCAUGAAUAGAUGGAUUACAACUGCAACGUCCAAUCCUUAAGAAUGGGCUCAAAGAUAACGAGAUCAUGAUAUUUCUUGUAGCUCUUACAUUUACUUCUUGUUACCAUUCCUUGUCCGAUGAUGCGAACAAAAUUUGGCUUUCUUAUGUAAAAUAGUAAACCC